GAGCGUCACUCUCUCCAGACCGCGAUGGGCUACUUCACGUAUGGCCUCCCCAGCUUUCUCGUCGUCAUAAUUGCUCUGUAUCUAUUGUUUACCGAUUCCGGAGAAGCAUUUAACGUUGGACGUUUCCUCGAAGAGUCCUCGCCCUAUGCGUGGGCAGCGACGGGCAUUGGUCUCUGUAUCGGCCUGAGUGUGCUGGGAGCAGGAUGGGGAAUCUUCGUCACGGGCGCUUCCAUUCUCGGAGGAGGCGUCCGCGCGCCUAGGAUCAGCACCAAGAACCUCAUCAGCAUUAUCUUCUGCGAAGUCGUCGCCAUCUACGGUGUCAUCAUCGGCAUCGUCUACUCUGCAAAGCUGUCUAGCGUGUCUGACGAAGUCCUUUACACGCGCGAGAACUACUUCACUGGCUUCGCGCUCUUCUGGGGCGGCUUCACCGUCGGUGCAUGCAACCUCCUGUGCGGUGUCUGUGUUGGCAUCACGGGCUCAACGGCCGCGCUCGCCGAUGCCGCGGACCCGAAUCUCUUCGUCAAGAUCCUCGUCGUAGAGGUCUUCGGCAGUAUCCUUGGUCUCUUCGGUCUGAUCGUCGGUCUCCUCAUGACGGCGCAGGCGCCCGAGUUCACCGCGGCAAGUUCGUCAACUUUGAUGGCGAACGCGACGGUGGCAGCGCGCUACGCGGCAGCGAACGUCGUACACUAGUCACGAUGUAUGCAGUAUUCGGGAACGGCAGCCAGUUCGAUACCCAAAUCGCGUCGAAAGCAACCUUGACUGACGGUGGAGGCUAUCUAGCAUCAACAUACAACUGAAGACAGUUCUGCAAAUAUGUAGCUUCGCCUCCUAUCGUGUCGCCCUCAGGCUGCUGCUGCUCGCCGACUGUCAGUCAAUGACCUUCAUCGCGACCUGUCUCGGAAGCAUCUACGAGUGCGAGGUUCAGUUCUUCCGGGUCUUUCUCGCAAUUCUCUAAGAUGCAAUAGCCGACCAAGGCGGGCACUUCGCUGCCGCGUGCGCAGUAACAUGUCUUCUGGUUCGGGUCGCAAGGGGCCUUUAUCUCUUCCU